GGAGUGCUGAGGCUCAUGUGACUUUUAAAAGACGCGGAUAUGAGAAUAUUUGAGUUGAUCAUGGUAAUUCUACAAAUAUCGACAACGAUGGCAAGGAAAAAGCAUCAAACUCGACAUUCUUCUUCCGAAGAGAGCAUAGAAAAUCUGCUGUACUACAAAGACUGUAAACACAAACCGACAGCGACGACGAUUAAACCUGUUUUAUUGCAAUCUACGCGAACUGUACCCGAUUGUCCAUGUCCCAGAAUGUGUUGCUCUAUGUGCUGUGACUGUAGUAUGCCGCUUCCACAAAGCUCAUAUCCUGGUCGGCCAACGCAGCCGAUUCAGCAGCAGCGGUCGCAGCAGAUGGCUCCUCAGAUGCUGUCCUUAAGACACCCCAUGCCAGCGCAGCCGAAUAUCGGCAUGGGUCCUGAUAUGGGCAUGAUGAAUCCUAAAAGAAAAAAGGUAAGAAAGACCAGGUUAGCUUAACCGAAUCCAACAUAAAAUGACGAAAAUGUGUUGUUGUUUCUUCC